AUGCCGUCCCUCGCACGAAAAUCGAUCAAGUUUAUGAGGGAUGUCUACAACAUUGCCGCGAACCCGGAUGGCAGUUCAGUCCCAGCAAUGCCAGCGCAUUCGCAAGGCUUUCAACCAAGCCAAGGUCUUUCUGGUCAGUUCACACAGACAUACGCUCAUCAACGUCCUCCGCUACCAUCCAAUCCAACAUAUCCCGCCAACUCAUCGUAUGGCUACUCUUAUGGGGGACCUCAACAGUCACAGCCGCCUCAGCCUUACGCUUCGUGGAAUGUUCCUCCAACACCAGUAUCGCCUCUAUCAUCACAGCCGGAACACACCUUUCUGACAACCACCAACAGCUCAUCGAACAGCAUCCCAGCAUUCGUGUUGCCUCUCUCGCCACCAGCUUCUGUAUCUCCGUCAACUCCGCAGCUGUAUCACGAUCAGCAGCAAUUCGCUGUCUCUCCGCCGCCACUUCCACAAAGGCCGUCACUACAUGGACAUUCUCCCUCGUGGCAAGGCUCUUCAGAACCCGUGUGGCAGAGCCAAUCUCAAUUAGACACGCCGAUAACUGGCCACAACGCGCAUGAGUAUAACCAGACUCCGCAACAGUCGAUCCAACCGCUUUGGAAUGCUCAGCAUACACGCCAUGGUUCUUACCACGGACACGCGGAAGCCGAGAGCACGAGACCAUCGCCCCCUCCACUACCACCGAGGAUGCAGACUCAUAACCCAGAUCGUGUGCCAGUGCCUGAUCAAUGGGCAUCUGUACCCCAUUCGACCAGCUGGCCAUAUCCCAGCCAUGAAAGCUAUUUGUCGGCACCGAAUCUGUCUAGCACAACCCAACUUAAUGCCCCAGAAUGUCAUGAAAUGGCCGCGGACUCCAUUUCAGGUCAACCACCAGUUCCCCAGCACCAACAUGCCGACAUUUCCAGCCUUGCAGAACUGCCAGAACUGCCAGGUACGGAUCAAGGUCGUAUAACGCCACCACCGUCGAGGUUUGACACGCAUCCUGCAUCAAUAGGAUCUCCAGCGGGCAAUGCGGUGGAACUUCCCGCAUCACCUAUCCGACGAACAAGUCGUCAACCCACACAUCAAAGCCAUAUAUCGAGACCACAUUCGCAAGGACACACUAUCCCAGUUGCUGAAGAACUCGAGUCCACACCCACACCCACUUCUGCGCCUGCACCGUUGGCACUAUCGCACAGGGACUUGGGCGUCGCGCUGCCUCCCUCGACGCUCAAGACUCCGGCUUACCUGUCGCUCUCUCAGAGUCGACACUCCGACAGUGACACUGGCACUGGCACCACAAUGCCGUCACCCACGCCACCAUCUCCACAGACACCACCUUCCAAUUCUCCAUGUCCCGAUGAACCGCCCGAUCGGGGCCAUCUCCAGCCUAAUGCCUCAGAGACGUGCCGCCACGACCGCGACGUUGCCGUAUCCCGAGGAUCAUGGCCCGGUCGUGAUGCCUUUGCAUCUUGA